UCACAGCCCUCCUCUCAGAAUUUUCCACGUUGCAAUAUUUUCAAGGUGGGAGCUUAGAAAAAAAUCGAGCAAACAUAGCAACAGUAGCAACUUUUUUAGUCUGCAAGUUUAGCCUACAAAACAGGUUUUUGUAAAUUAUUUGUCAAAACUUUUAACACUGUAACUACAAUGUCCUCGAGCCAUUCCUCUACAGGAGUUCCUAAAUGGGAAUAUCGCGUCCGCUUCGUCCUGUGUUUUCUGGGUUUAGUUCUCUCGGUUUACGCGUUGCAUGUCGAGCUGUCCCGGGAGAACGAUCCCGAGUAUCGCGCGAUGUGCGACCUGAGCCAUUCCGUGAGCUGCUCUAAAGUCUUCACAUCCAGAUGGGGACGUGGAUUUGGGCUCGUCCAGAUCUUUACUUCCAAAGACAGCCUGUUAAAUCAGCCAAACAGUGUCUUGGGAAUCAUUUUCUAUGCAUUGCAACUAGGAUUAGGCCAGCUUGUGUCCAGUAGAGCAGCGUUCCUCCUUGUCAUGUCUUCUUGGGUGUCAAUGGCUGGAUCUGUAUAUCUGGCUGUUAUUCUGGCAUUCGUCUUGGGUGAUUUCUGCGUGGUCUGUGUCUCAACCUACAUCAUCAACUUUGCUCUCUUCUACACAAACCUAAAGAGAAGGACGGGACUGGAGGGACGUCUUAAGAAAGGGAAACGCGAAUGACACUUGUUUUUUUUUUUUUUUUUGGAAGACAUCUGGGAUGAAG